AUGGCCAACUACGCCGAAAAGCUCGCCGCGUGGACGGCCAUCUGCCUGACCGACCACACCCUCCUGGGCGAAAACGACACGGAGGAAGACGUGCGGGCGCUGUGCCAAGAGGCAGUCAAGACGUGCCCCUUCGCAGCAGCCGUUUGCGUCCACCCCCAUUUUGUAAAAUUCAUAAACGAACAGAUUAAAAAGGAAAUCGUGCCCUUCAAACCAAAAGUCGCCUGCGUGGUAAACUUCCCAGAGGGAACAGACCCGGUGGAAAAAGUGCUAGAAGAUACCCGCAAGGCAAUUGCGGAUGGGGCUGACGAAAUAGAUUUGGUGAUUAACUACAGCAAAAUUGUGGAAGACCCAGAGGCAGGAAUUGCAGAAGCUACUCAUCUAACGAAGAGCGUUAAAGAGCUCUUAAAGGAGAAGGUCCUCAAGGUGAUAAUAGAAGUGGGGGCCCUAAAAUCGGAAGACCUAAUCCUCCAAACGACGCUAGCUGUGCUGAAGGGAAAUGCCGAUUUUGUGAAAACGUCCACGGGGAAGUUAGAAGUCAAUGCGACGCCAGAUUCAGUCAAAACGAUAAUAAAGGCGAUGAAGCAGUACGUGGAGGAGCAUCCGCAGAAAAAAGACAAAUUUGGGCUGAAAGUUUCGGGAGGCAUAAAGGACCUGAGCAUGGCUUGCCUGUACAUUUUGCUCGCGAGGGGCAUCUUCAGCGCCCUGGCUUGCCACCCGAACAACUUCCGCAUCGGCUCGUCUUCCCUCGUCCCCCAGCUCCGGAAGGUCAUUCAGAGCUGCCCCCCCAGUUAG